CAUUGACUCCAAUCCAAUCCAUCUCUAGUCUUCCAGGUCUUCCCAAACUGUUUCUUCUAUCCAAAAUGGGUAUCUCUUCGUUGACCACGUUUCUGCUCUCCUCCACAUUGUUCCUUCAAGCCCUUGCCGCGCCUGCUAAUGCCGGCCCAACGGUCACAAUCGCCUCCGGCGUCGUGAUUGGCACCACGGCCCAACCAGCAUCAGCAACCGGAACCGCCAAUGCGUACAUGGGAAUUCCGUUUGCCAAGUCUCCCCCGGAACGGUUCUCUCCCCCCCAGGCCGCGGAUGCAUGGUCGUCUCCACUGUCGGCUCAAGCUUUCAAGCCGGCUUGUAUCCAACAGUUCUUAGAGCAAGGUAAUGCUCGUACGUUGCAAAAGGCCUACUUCGGAAACCCGGCUGGGUCUCUUACAGAUGAGAGUGAGGACUGCUUGUACCUCAACGUCUUCACUCCUACGGGUGCAACGUCUACCAGCAAGAAGGCUGUGAUGUUCUGGUUGUUUCCUGGCAACCUUCAGUUUGGAACUGCCAGUCUGCCUAUUUACGAUGGAAGCUCGCUUGCCGUCUCUCAAGAUGUCGUGGUGGUCACGAUCAACUACCGUACCAACAUCUUCGGCUUCUCCAACUCCCCUGAUAUUGCAACUGGCUCACAGAACUCUGGAUAUCUUGACCAGCGCUUCGCUCUUCAAUGGGUUCAAGCCAACAUUGCUCAAUUCGGCGGCGACCCCUCGCGCGUCACUAUCUUCGGGGAGUCUGCCGGUGGUGAAUCUGUGAAGCAGCUCCUCGCAAACCCGCCCAGCCCACUGCCCUUCUCGGCUGCCAUUAUGGAGUCACAGCAGUCUCUCCUCAUAGGGUCCGGCUCCGACAGCUACGCCAAGGUGCUGAAGAACUUCAACUGCGCCGACGUCAAGUGCCUCCGCCAGGUCUCUGCCACUGAUAUUAAGGCUUUCAUUGAAGCACAGUCUCUCGUCUUCCCUCCCGUCAACGGUGACGGUACAUCCAUCAACGAUGUUCGCAGCAGCAUCUCCUCCAAGAAGUGGCCCAAGAUCCCCGUCAUCAUGGGUACCACCCUCAACGAGGCCCGCGUCUUCCUCGCCGUCGAGGGCAUGAAUGACGGAGCCGCAGCCUUGAGCUCGGCACUCUCCCAAAUUGGCGUCAGCUCCGCUAUCACGAAAAGCGCCAUCACGGCCUCCUACGCCGCAAAGGCCCUCAACGACCCCUACGUCGUCGCCGACAGGAUCAUAACGGACGCUAUCUUCACGUGCACAACGUCCACCCUAGCAAGCUACCUCGCCAUCAACGGAUACACCGCCUAUCGCUAUCGCUACGAUCCUGUCUUCGCCUCCACCAGCAUCUUCGCCAACCCUGGCUCCUACCACACGAGCGAGAUUCCCUCAGUCUUUGGCACGUACACCGCGUACAGCAAGUGGGGAUCCGCGACGUCGCAGCAGACGAAGCUCAGCUCCUACAUGCAGGGCGUCUGGGGUGGCUUCGCCAAGAACCCCGGCGGUGGUGUUGGAUGGCCCAAGAUUGGAAGUGCUCUUGGGUUCGAGCUUGGACUCUUGGGCUCGGGAUCAUCGAGUGGUGUGACGGUGUCAGCGACGCUUGCGGCGGAUUACCCCUGCGCUCUGUACGCGCCCCUUACGGAAGCCGCCGGCUUUUCUUAUUAGUAUUUGUUUUUUGUUUGGAGUUUGGAGUUCAAAAAGGCUGAAAGGGUGAAUAAAUGCAGUCUAUUUCCGGCGUCGCGUUGAUGGAAGGAGAAGAGGCUUCAACAAUGAGUCCAAAUUCGGAAUUAAAUACAUUCUUCCAUUGCCCUCCCUUAAUUCGUUCGGUUAAUUCACUUAUAUAGCAUCACAAUCAUCUUCAAACAUGGCAGUUUGGGUGGCAGGAGUAUUCAGCCCAACUGGACUCUCUCCCUCGACCAAUACAUAUCAGCAUCCCUCGAGUCGUACUCUCUUGACGGGUGAAUUGACUGAAUCUCUCUGGAUCGAUUGGUAUUUUAGUAGACUCGAUAUUUUGACUCACAAG